AUGACAGUCGAUGAGCUUCUUCCAAACGAGACAUUUCACGAGGUCAACGCUUAUGCGCAGAGACAUAUUGAUGCUGAUCUGGGAAUCCUGCUCGCUGAGAUACCUAUUCUUCGGGAUCAUGUGAUUCGCAUCCCCUCGCUUUUCAAGGCCCCCAAAGUGUCUUCGCUCUCCUCGUUAACUGAAACGGUAAUGGAGGGCGAGUAUUUGUUAGUGAGCUUCAGCCCGGCGGCUAUCAACGGCGUCGUGUUGGACAACUACUACGUGAGUCCCAAGACUUGGGGCCCCGUGGUUGAGGGACGAGACAUUUUGGAGUUUGCCAUCCGGGAGGUAUAUGCAAAGGCUGGCAUGGAGGUCGGGUUUGUGGACGAUUUCAUGUCGCAUCACCACACCUUUGGCGAGGUGCAUUGUGGAAGCAACACUUUCAGGGAGACGGACGCAGCGUGGUGGGAGUAG